AGAACCAAAACUAAACUUGUUACUAUUGUCUGCAUAAGUUUUAUGAGGUUUCAUUUUCCUCCGUUACUACCACACACCACUUCAAGUAAUUUUUUUCUGGUCUUCUUCCUAUAAUUAUUGAUCCUUUACAGAUAGAUAAGAUCUUAAAUAGCUAUUAGACAUAGACAGAUUGGAGAAAGACAUGCUCACUUCUUCUCAGUUUCCUAGGCCUUUCCUUCUAUCAAACCUCUCCCACUCACCAAUUUCCUCACACCUUCACUGGGUUUGGGCUAUAAGCAGCAAUCUCAUCGCCUUCUUAUCCUUCAGAUUCAUUUCUCUUUUCCCAUCUCGAUCAAAGGGAUAAAAUUCCCCAAAUCGCCGCCUUUCUCAUCUAAUUGUACAGAACAAUAAGUCUUUUUUUUUUCUUCUGGUUAAUAGUGCUUUCUGGGGGGUGACUUUAAGAUAUGGGGUUGAGUUCUAAGCAGGUUUCUAAUAGAGGGCUUGAUUGGGACCAGACUUUGUUGCAGGCUCAAAACUUGGAGCUCCCAAAGCCUACUCCUAUGAGGAAACAGCAGCAACAGACUCAGCCAUCAGAGCCUUUGAAUUGUCCAAGAUGUGACUCCAUUAACACCAAAUUCUGUUACUACAACAACUACAACAAGUCUCAACCCCGCCAUUUCUGCAGAGCUUGCAAGAGGCACUGGACUAAAGGUGGAACUCUGCGCAACGUUCCUGUUGGCGGUGGUAGAAAGAAUAAGCGAGCCAAGAAAUCGACCACAGCUACAACCACCACCUCAAAUGGAAGCAUGGAUGGUGAGUUGAGAACCCGCGUUACAAUUCCUCCUCUUGCAGUGGAUGAUCAUCACAAAACCACACCUUCCUCUCUCUACCAAUCUCUGUGCCUGCCACAACAGAAUCCGAAUACCAAAGUUUCCCAAGGCAAGGACUUUGGUAUUGGCAAUGGAAUCUUUCUGAGUUCAAACGUGCCUUUUCCUCAAAACCAAAGCCUUCUCUUCCCUUUCACAACCUCAAACUCCUUUGACACAAACACGUGUGCAGUAUCCAACUCUCUGCAAUCCUCCAGUGUGUAUAACUACGGUGACGAGUUUAAAAUACUGGAAGAGCCAACCGUGAACAGUACAAUGGCCUGCACUGGUGCUGGCACCAGGACACAACCAUGGGAGAUCGCAGCGACAAGUUCUGGUUUGGAAAUGUCAAACUAUUGGAGUUGGGAGGACAUCGAUUCGUUGGUCUCAACCGAUCCAAAUAAUCCUUGGGAUGAUUCCGACAUCAAACCCUGACAAGAGGAAGUAUAAAAAAAAACAAUAGUAACCCAUGUUCAUAGAUUAGUUAUCUGUGGUGUUUGCGUUUCAUAAGGAGUAGAAAGUGUUCGUGUUUUCAAAUGAAUCAUAAUAUCCACUUUUCUUUCUGCUCUUAUGAGUCUUAUAAGGAGAAGUUUUGGAGCUGUCUUAUUUUAGUUUCAGCUUCGGAUUCAAGCAAGGGCGUUCAAUUAACUGUAACCAAAUGAGUUUGCCUGUUGAUCUCUCUUAUAAUUUCCUGUAAUAAAAUGUUACACUUAACAUUAUUCACAAAUACAGAAAAUUUUGUAUUUUUUUGAA